CUCUGAAUCUCUGUCUCUCUCUCUCGCUGUGUUCUCGCGUCCAGCCUGUGUCCGUGUCUCUCCGAGUCCCUCUCUCUCUCUCGCAGCCUCGUUUCUGUAUCUCCGGGUUCGUCUUCGUGUCUCCUCCGCGUCUCUCUCUGCCUCGUGUUUCUGCGCGUGUCUCUCAAGAGUAUCAUCUCCCCGUGCCUGCGUGUCUCUCUCUCUCAGAGUCCCGUGUCUCCGUGUCUCUCUCGGAGUCUCCGUGUCUCUCAAGGUCUCUCUCCGCCCGUGUCCCGUCUCUCCGCCCGUGUCCCACUCCGCUCUCCCAUCCUGGGCGGAGUCGCCUCGCUCGGGGGCCCAAUGGGAGCCGCGGGGAGCGGCUGAUCCUCGCCUCGCACCGCCGCGGGGACUUCGGUGUGACCACUCGGGGGGGACUCAACGGGGUCCUCACGAACCCCCCUUGUGUCCCUCCCUCUCUCUCUUCACCAUGGCCGAACCCCCGAUCGACAUCGACCCCGAGUUCGAGCCCCUGAGUCGACCACGCUCGUGUACGUGGCCGCUGCGCCGCCCGGACCUGUCGAUCAAGGAUGGGGACCCGGGCCAGCGGGGCUCGGACGGAGCCGUCGAGGGGGUCGACGGGACCGAGGGGACCGAGGAGGGGAUCGACGGAGCGAGCCCCAGCGGCGCGUCGCUGCCGUGCGUGGGAGCGGGGCUCAAGAAGGGGUCGUCCCGACGCAACGCGUGGGGGAAUUUGUCGUACGCCGACCUCAUCACAAGCGCCAUCGAGAGCGCUCCGGAGCACCGCCUCACGCUGGCGCAGAUCUACGAGUGGAUGGUGCGCAGCGUGCCCUACUUCAGGGACAAGGGCGACAGCAACAGCUCCGCCGGCUGGAAGGUGAGCGGCGAGCGGGGGCUGGGGGGGUAGAG